AUGGCCAUCUCCGCUGCUGCUGCUGAGUAUGUCGGAGACGACAAGGCCAUUGCAGACCACAAAGAGACAUUGGCGAAUGAACUCGCUCGCGAUGCCGCAGAACGUGGCCAUCUUGCGACUGACCAGUUCGGCCACUCUCUCGUGGAGUUCGACAAGAAAGCUGAAUCGCGCCUGCGAUUGAAGAUUGAUUUCUAUGUUGUGCCUACGGUGGCGCUCAUGUACCUCUUCUGCUUCAUUGACCGCGCCAAUAUUGGCAACGCGAAACUUGCCGGUUUCAAUGCCGACCUCGGCCUGAAGGGAUACGACUACAAUGCGGUACUGUCGGUAUUCUUUAUCUCAUAUAUCAUCUUCGAGAUCCCGUGCAAUAUUGCUUGCAAGUGGAUUGGGCCCGGUUGGUUCUUACCAGCCACCACUCUGGGCUUCGGUAUAUGUUCGGUUGCUACGGCGUUUACCCACGACAUUCAUCAGGUUUCCGGAGUCCGUUUUCUGCUGGGCAUGUUUGAGGCCGGGUUGAUGCCCGGUAUUGCCUAUUAUCUCAGUCGUUGGUACCGUCGAAGCGAGUUAGCCUUUCGCCUAUCCUGUUACAUCGUCAUGGCUCCCCUUGCCGGUGCGUUCGGUGGGCUGCUUGCCUCUGGCAUUCUGCGUCUCGACAACUUCGCCGGUCUGCACACCUGGCGGAUGAUCUUUGCCAUCGAGGGUAUCAUCACAAUCGCCAUUGGCGUCAUUUCCUUUUUUACUUUGACUGAUCGACCUGAAACCGCCCGUUGGCUCUCACAAGAAGAAAAAGAUCUGGCAAUCGCCCGCGUUAAGUCCGAGCGCAUUGGAACAACCGAAGUGCUGGAUAAAAUGGACACCGCCAAGACACUGCGCGGUAUCUUCAGCCCAGUGACGAUCACUACAGCGUUCAUAUUUCUGCUGAACAACAUCACUGUGCAAGGGCUGGGGUUCUUUGCACCAACCAUUGUUGCAACUAUCUAUCCCAAUGCCAGUGUGAUUUCCCAGCAGCUUCAUACUGUGCCUCCCUAUAUCGUGGGAGGGUUCUUUACGCUACUUUUCCCCUUUCUCAGCUGGCGGAUGGAUAAGCGACUCUUGUUUUUUGUCCUUGGUCCACCACUCAUGAUGAUCGGGUACAUCAUGUUCCUUGCCAGCAAAGACCCGAUGGUUCGUUACGGAGCGACAUUCAUCAUUGCAAGUGGCGCGUUCGCUUUCGGUGCGCUCUGUAACGCCAAUUCUUCAGCAAAUGUCGUCUCCGAUACUGCACGAUCAUCGGCAAUCGGCACCACUGUGAUGUUUGGAAAUAUCGGCGGGCUGAUUUCCACUUGGUCCUUCUUGCCCUUUGACGGUCCCGAUUAUCACAUUGGAAAUGGUCUCAAUUUGGCGACAGCAACAAUGACCUUGAUCCUGGGUUCAUUGAUGUGGGUGUUUAUGCUGUGGGACAACCGUAGACGUGAACGGGUUGAUGUUGGCGCUGCGCUAGCGGGUCUGUCACAGAAGCAAAUUCAGGACAUGGACUGGCGUAACCCGGCGUUCAAGUGGAGGCCUUGA